UUACAACACACAACCAGAAAACGUCAUUCACAUAACUAUUCUUUCACGACAAUAAUGCAUCCAUCCAUCGUCAUGACUCAUGACUCAUUCAUCGAUCAUCAACCUCUUUUUCUCUCUUCAUAAUAUAUUCCAAACUUUCCCUCACACAAUGCAAGGAACACAAAAAACAUGUCUAACACAUCAGAUUCCAAUAAGAUCACCCUAGUAGAAGAGUGUCGUGGCGUUCUUCACGUUUACAGCGACGGUUCCAUAGUACGCUCUUCACGUCCAAGCUUCAACGUCCCCGUCAACGACGACGGCACCGUUUUCUGGAAAGAUGUCGUUUUUGAUCCUUCCCAUGAUCUUCAGCUUCGGCUCUAUAAGCCAGCCGAUUCAGCCGGCUCAAAACUUCCAAUUUUCUUCUACUUUCACGGCGGCGGCUUCUGCAUCGGCUCGCGCACUUGGCCUAACUGUCAAAACUAUUGUUUUCGGCUUGCUUCUCAGCUCCAAGCCGUAGUCGUUGCCCCGGACUAUCGGCUCGCUCCCGAGAAUCGGCUCCCCACUGCAAUUGAGGACGGCUUUGGAGCUCUAAAGUGGCUUCAAACUCAAGCCGUGAGUAAUGAGCCGGACCCUUGGUUGAGCCACGUGGCUGAUUUUAGCCGCAUCUUCAUUUCAGGUGACUCGGCUGGAGGAAACAUAGCUCAUCACUUGGCGGCUCGGCUUGGGUAUGGCUCGCCUGAGCUGGCUCCUGUUCGAGUCAGGGGUUAUGUUCUAUUAGCUCCUUUUUUUGGUGGAACAAUCCGAACCAGAUCAGAAGUUGAAGGACCAAAAGAUGCUUUUCUCAACUUAGAACUUAUUGAUAGGUUUUGGAGGCUUUCUAUACCAGUUGGGGACACUACUGAUCACCCUUUUGUGAAUCCGUUUGGGCCAAAUAGUGAGAGUCUCAAAGCAAUUAAUCUUGACCCAAUUCUAGUGGUGGCUGGAGGAAGUGAUCUGCUUAAAGAUAGGGCAGAGGACUAUGCAAGGAGGCUUAAGGAGUGGGAUAAAGAUGUAGAGUAUGUAGAAUUUGAAGGACAACAACAUGGGUUCUUCACCAUUGAUCCCGAUUCAGAACCAUCCAACAAGUUGAUGUUGAUCAUCAAACAAUUCAUAGAGAAGUGUUUGGGGAAAAAUUGAAGGGCUUUAGACACUAUUACAACUCCACAUCAAGCAUGUUUAGUGUAAUACCUUUUACAUUUACAUUUUAGCUCCUACAACAUUUUAGGUGCGAAAAAUAACAUUCUAAGCAUCAAGUAUGUAUUGGCCAUGUUAAACUCUAAUUGUACUAAACGUUCCAUUUUGAAGCUAAUAUAUGUUGCAAUUUCCCUAAA